AUGGCGGACGGCGACAGCGGCAGCGAACGCGGCGGCGGCGGCGGGCCCGGCGGCUUCCAGCCCGCGGUCCGCGGAGGCGAGCAGGAGACGCAGGAGCUGGCCUCGAAGCGGCUGGACAUCCAGAACAAGCGCUUCUACCUGGACGUGAAGCAGAACGCCAAGGGCCGCUUCCUGAAGAUCGCCGAGGUGGGCGCGGGGGGCUCCAAGAGCCGCCUGACGCUGUCCAUGGCGGUGGCCGCCGAGUUCCGCGACUACCUGGGCGACUUCAUCGAGCACUACGCGCAGCUGGGCCCCAGCAGCCCCGAGCAGGUGGCGGCGGCGGCGGCGGGCGCCGAGGACGGCGGCGGGCCGCGGCGCGCGCUCAAGAGCGAGUUCCUGGUGCGCGAGAACCGCAAGUACUACCUGGACCUCAAGGAGAACCAGCGGGGCCGCUUCCUGCGCAUCCGCCAGACGGUCAACCGCGGCGGCGGCGGCCCCGGGCCCGGCGGCCUGCAGAGCGGCCAGACCAUCGCGCUGCCCGCGCAGGGCCUCAUCGAGUUCCGGGACGCGCUGGCAAAGCUCAUCGACGACUACGGCGGCGACGACGACGAGCUGGCGGGCGGCCCGGGCGGCGGCGCGGGGGGCGCGGGCGGCGGCCUGUACGGCGAGCUCCCGGAGGGCACCUCCAUCACCGUGGACUCCAAGCGCUUCUUCUUCGACGUGGGCUGCAACAAGUACGGCGUGUUUCUGCGCGUCAGUGAGGUGAAGCCGUCCUACCGCAACGCCAUCACCGUCCCCUUCAAAGCCUGGGGCAAGUUCGGGGGCGCCUUUUGCCGGUACGCGGACGAGAUGAAGGAGAUUCAGGAGCGGCAGAGGGACAAGCUGUACGAGCGACGCGGCGGGGACGAGUCGGAGGGCGAGGAGGUGGACGAGGAUUGAAGCGCGCCGUUUCCCCGAUGGGCCCCCGCCCCGCCCGCCCGCCCGCCCGCCCCGUCCCCUUGGCUGGAGAGCCCCCUUCCUGCUCAUCCCCGGGGAGCUAGUGGAGGCGGGGCAUGGAGGCCCCGUCGGGAGAAGGCAACGUUAAAAGAUAAUACAGUUCAUUGAGAGAAGUAACCACAAAAGAACAGUCGCAGACAAUUCGAGAAAAGCAGCGAAGUUCCAAGGAACUGACAGCAGCCCGCAAAGAGGAGACAACCUGAGCAAAAUCGUCUGUUUCCAUAGUUUCCAGCUGGGUUUGUGACCCCUGCAGGGUAGCCCUGCAGGGGGGCAGAUCCUUGCGUGCCCGGGGUCAGGGGAACACUCGAGUCCCCCAGACGCAUCCAUGACAGCUGCAUUUGUGUUCUACCUGGGUGUCCUGGCCUGACGAUCUCUGCCGACCUCACUGUUGUGGGGCCGGUCUCUCCACCUCCAUUGAAAUCAGCAUAUGGGGAUCUAGGUCUUCGUGGAAUUCUUGAGAAGAGAGAGGCCUUGGCCCUUGCCCUGUUCUGAGGGUACAGGUUUCAUGAAAAGGAGUGCGACUUUAAAAUAAUCAUGGACAGGGCAGAAUGAGAAUUCAAGAAGCCACCGGGGAAUAUAGAAACAAAUUGGGCCCAUUUUGUCUAAAAUGGUUUUGCGUGGAACCUGGACCAGUGUCCGUGUCUCUUUGUGGCAUUGUUUUCCUGGUUGCAAGUGGAUUCAGAUGUCAAUCCUUCAACUAGAAGCUGUUACUAAAGGAUUUUGGAAGUUGGCCAAGUUUUUUUUCAGAGCUAAGAGCCGUUUUACAUUGGGGGUUGCUGAGGUAGGCACGGGAAGAAAGCCGGCAUCAAGCACAAGGAGGACUGUUUGAGUGGAUUAGUUGCUGCUCACUAAAGUCCUUCCCCCGGUCUCUAGACACGGAGGUCAUUACCAAGAGAUGGCUUAGGGGUGAAUGAGAGCCAGGUCCCUGUGGCUGUUGCGCCUGAGCUGGCUAAUUCGGCUCUUUGGGCCACUGGUUGGCUGGAUUUUCAACCGUUAAACUUGAAGAUACCUACAAAAGGAACUGUGGCUACAAGCCUGAGCUUUAAUGGAAUAUACGUCCUCACAGAAAAGUUGGAAAUAACCAAAACUGAAGUCUUCACCUACCUUCAGUUCCGUCUGUGGAUUUGUUCACAUACUAAAGAUCCUCAGGUCCAGAAUUCCAGCAUCAUCUAUUCUUUUUAAAGUAAAUUUUUAAGAACUCGAUCCAUUGUUUCAGUACCUCCCGAUCAAAGUUGGCAAAUGAUGGUUGAGUGAUUGGAGCAGCACGCCCUUUAGAAGGUGAAAUCCAUCGGGAUGGAGAUGAAGGGAACGUACAAAUGCUGACUAUGUCCUGGAAGCAUUUUUAUACCAUCUUGAAAUUUCAACAAACUGGCUUUCGCCAGUUUAUCCAGCUGUUUUUCAAGAAUAAAAGUUGGGGUUUUCAAGGAUCGCCUCUUCUAUAUUUUAAAUGGAUUUUCAGUAGAAAUGAUUUUUACUAAUCAAGUUAAUCCCACCCCAUCACCAAGGUAUUCCCAGAAGUGUCACAGACCUAGGCGACUUUGAAUUGAACGGGAGCUAACGUUCUUUCCAAAGUUUGUAGGUAUUCUUUGUGCGACACGUUCUCAACCAGGAGGCAAGUAACCCCACCUCCACAAUCUUAGUUUUGUGUUUUUGUUUUUUUUUUUAACUGCAUGCCUGCCCUUUAUCUGAGCUGCCAUUUAAUUUAUUGCAUACCCUUUUAUUAUCUGAGUUUGGUAUUAUUCAAUCUAUACAAUCUUUUUGUAUUUAUUGGGAAAUAAGUAAUCUACAAAAAGGUCAUCUUCAUGCAUCGUGGCCGAACGGGAGGGAAAGAACUGUACAUAAAAUUAGGCUUUUUUAAAAAAAUUAGACUAUGAUUCAGAAUACUGUUGAUCUUAGGUUUUUAAAAAAAAAAAAAAGUGGACGAGCCACAAACUGGUGCCCUUUUCAGACUAUUUCUCUACUCUCAUCCUCCACAGUAGACUUUUUAAACAGAUUUUUUUUUAAAGCUUUUCCUUUUUUUAAAAAACUUUCUCCGUCGCAAAGAAUGUUUCCUAAAUUGUAUGGGAGCAAUAGUAUUUUUGAUGUUUUAAUGACAUCUGUAUAUACUCGUACUGUAUUUUGUACCACAAGGCAGCUGUUUUCAAUAAUGUCCUGCUGUAUUGACCUAUGUGUUUUGAGUGUUGAUUUCUUUGCUGCGGAGAACAAAUCCCUACACCGUUUUAGUAAGGGCGCCGUGAAGCUAGUGUUAGGUUUGCAGAAACUUUCAGUUUCCAACUUUGAGGCAGCAAUGAAAAUUCAGGUUGCAGCUCUCAGUUAACUGCUGUGACUUGUUCAUUUUCGUACCGUGUACAAUUCCUCUUUAGACCAACUUGUUUUCUUGCUUCAGUGGUGGUUCUGUUGCUCAGCUGCAGUGAACCAGUUCGACUUUGCAGAGGUGCAGUACCUCCCCUUUGGAAGGGGCUGGUGUGUUUUUUCUUUUCUUUUUGUUUGGCUAAAUUGCAGUAACUAGCCUUGCCUUUCUAUUCUGUAGAAAUGACAGGGUCUUCACCGUCCUUCACCAGUGGCUGCCAAGCUAUAAUUAGCUGAAUAGAAAGAAUGUGGAAGUGGUCGGAGGCAUGUAGCGUAUAUGCCAAGAACACUACCGUAUAUGGCGCCAGCUUUGGUCACCAGAGAAAUUUUCUUAGUCAUUAGACCAUGUAACAGUAAUAUAUCAUAUGUAAAUCUUUAGAUAUCAAUUUGAGAAUCCUCCAAAAAAAGGAGCAAAGAAUGCAUAAGCUAUGUGUUGGAAAAAGUAAUUUAUAUUAAAAUUUUGACCUGCCUAUGUAAGAUUAAGUGGUAAACGUCCUAGCAGUGGGUUUUUAAGUCUUAACCCAUCUCAGAGGUUUGUUUCUCCUGCAGGGGGUGGUUCACAGUCUCUCUUCUCACUGCAGGAAGAUUACAGAAGGGUGUGGAUUAGUUGUAGCAUUUCACUGACCCUCAUUCCACUCACUGUUCUGGGGCAGUAGAAAUCCGCGGAGCACAGAGACUGCUCUUUUGAUGUGUGGCCUGUUACCGAGGCCGGAUUUCAGAACCCGUUCAGAAACCACGCUUAGCAAAGAAAAUCUGUUAAUUCCAGUCAGAAAAUGGCAUUACAGACUCUGGGAAACAACCAGAUUUUUUUUGUUCUGGUUUUCAUCCUCUACUACCAACAGUGAUUUAGGGCUUGUCCUUUCACCUUGGCAAACAUCCCAGCUAAUCACAUGUUCAGAACAGUCCAAUUUCUAAGAAGUGGGGAACGAAAAUUCCUUUUGCGACCAUUGGUAGAGUGUUUCUCAAGCCAGUGCCGUUCUGGACACGAGCAGUCCGGUCGCAGGAACGGAAUCAAAAGAGCGAAACUCUGUGACGAGAUCCCGCCGUUGCCUCGUGGUUUCUAUUGUCCCCGCUGUGGUUCGAGUCGCGGGGCAGUUCUAGUCCGCGGCGAAAGCCUUCAGUGCAUAUGCUGCACAGAGCGCCACGUGAGUCUAUAUGGCACCCAAACUCAAAGUGGAAACCCAAUGGGAAACGCAGACACCCUGAGCUGCCGUGGGAGGCGUGGAGUCGGUCAGAAGGGCUGUGGCCGUGGCGCACACACGGCCACUUGUCAGGUCACUUUCCACAACGGUUUGCUGCCGGCCGGUGGGGAGGCUGAGG